UGUGUGUGUGUGCAGCCCAUAAUGUGUGUGAGCAGGUCUUGGUGACAUUAUGUGUGGCUCGGCCUGGAGGACCAGUGGACACACACUCUCAGGAGACCUUCUGCUUCAUACAGGAUCUGGCUCUGGACAUGGCUCACUUCCUGUUGCACUGCACAGCUCCACAGGAAGCUCUGAUGUUGGAGGACCAGCAGAGUGAGAGGUUGGAUCAGAGUCUGGCACUGGCCCUCAAACACCUCAGCCUGUCCCCCCACAGGACGACAUCAGGACCCCCCACACACACACACGCUGACACACACACAGCUGAGGCUCGAGUCCAGCAGCUCUGCAGUCUGCUGCACUUGGCGUCCCGUCACGGUCUGAGGGCGGUGGCGUCGUUUGUCCUGCAGCAGCCCGGAGGUCGGGACGCCCUGAGGAGGCCGAGCACUCGGGGAGAGACGGUGGCCCGAGAGGCCGAGAGACGAGGACACGAGCAGCUGCUGCAGCUCCUCAGACGGUACGAGACGUCCUCACAUGUCGAAGAGGAACCAGAGGAGCAGGUGCUUUCUUACCCAGAAGGCCGAGUGUUCCGGCGCCAUGCAAACCUGGGUACCUACACCCUGACAGUACAGAGAGAGGAGGGGGCGGAGCCUGAGAGCAGAGAGCACCUACAGGACGAGGUGGAGGAGCUGAGGAGGCUGAUUCACCUUCACAGAGACACCAAGGGAACCUCGGGUGUGUGUGGUCACAGAGCAGAGACCUGCACAGCGCCCUCUGGUGGUGGGCUGCAGGCGUGCACUAACGGGCAGGAUGCAGGCCCAGCCGCUGUAACCAUAGAGACAUGUAGCACAACAGAGGAACAGGGAAGUCCUUUGUCAUUGGAGGAGAGGACACAGGGGGCGGAGCCUGCUGCUUUCACUCAGACUUCCUGUAGCAGUGGUUUGUCUAUUUGUAAGAAACAGGAAGCUGGAGGAGAAGUGAGCGGAUCUGCAGGCCGCGCGAGAAAGAACAAAAAGAAGAGUUGUAAAAGAAUGAGCAGAGAGGAGAAGAAGAGGAGCGCUCAGAGGAACACAGACACCACCAUCCAAGACACUCCAUUACCCAUAAAGCCUGAUGGGAAGUGUGCCCCCAGUUAUGCAGUUGCCGUGCCGACCACUACUGUCGUAGAAAAACAGGAAGUAGAGAAGUGGGAAGUGGAGCAGCUGAUGUGUGAGCGAAGUGUAGAAACGGAAUCAGUAACGGAGCAGAGACACACUCAGAGCCGAGACCUGAGAUCAGCUGUUCAGCCCACAGAAACCAUGGGUCAGGAACAGUCACAGGGUCCUCAGGAGAGCCAAUCAGACCCAGAGGGGCCAAGUCCACCUGACAAGAAGACCAGUCCGAGCCCCAAGUCCCCCGAGGUGGAGAGGAAACCCCGAAGAGUUCUUUGGAGGGAUGGAGGCUGGAUGAGCAGCAGGAUGGGAUCAGAAACAAAGACGCUGUGGUAUGAGGGGGAGGGGGGUGACCUGCAGCAGGGCGGUGAAGGAGGUGUGAACUCUCAGUCUGUUUGGUAUGACGGAGACACGAUGGACACGAGUGGACAAGAAGAGCCGAAGCAGAGAGAGCAGGAAGCUGAGAGUCCGUCUGCAGCUCAGCCACAUGCUGCUGGACCUCAGCCAGCUCCGUCACAUGGGCCCAGCGCCGCACAAAGACAGGAAGUACACGCACCACAGAGAGAGGAGGAAGCAGGGCCCGAGUGCAGGAGAGAGAGAGGGGCGAGCGAGAGCAGAAAGAGCUCAGAAACGGCUGACAACAACAACGAGGAGAGAGAGCCGAAGAGCAGGAGGAAGAGGAGGAAGAAGAGAGGGAGGAGAGGGAGCUCCGGCUCCAGCAUCGAGUCUCACAGAGGGCCAGAGGCAGACCUGAACCCAGAGCAGGAGGAUCAGACAGGAACUGUCCCUGAGGCCACCACGAGAGAGGAAGCUGAGCAGGACGCCAUGACGCUGCCCGGUCAGACGGAGGGCCGCAGCAGUGUGUCUUCUCCAGAGGUCGCUGUGACAGACGAGAGGGGGACGGAUCAGACUAGAGGAACCCCUGUACACACGGGGGACACACAGGAUGUGGACUGUGAACCUGAUCACUCCACUUCUUCUUGUGACGCUGCUGCAGAACGUCCUGACAUCACUAUGACAGACGGAGAGGGAAACACAGCUGACGGAGAGGAAUCAAGGGGACAUGUGGAUCUGGACCUUCAGACGGAGGAGGACUUGUCAGUCCAGGCGUCUCUGUUUACAGACGCUCCUCCAUCCACAGACGACUCAUCUGAGGUGGAAUUUCCUGAACUCAAAACACAACGCGUCCCGCCUCUGGACUCAGACAGAGUGGGUCAACCUGUGGACCAAGGGGCAGGGCUUCCAGGAUUUAUGGACUCAGAGCAUCCUGCAGGGACAGGGGGUCCACCGUGUGAAGGUACAGCGGAUGUGUCACUGCUUCUAACAGGGGAAGGAAGCGCUGAGACGGCUCCGAGGGAACACUCAGGGCAUUGUUUGACCUCGGAGACGAUGAGAGAUCAGCAGCAGGAGAUGUGUGUGGGUGAGGAGGGAGUGGGUAAGGAGAGGAGGAGAAGGAGUGAGGAGGGUGACAUCAGGAUGGUACAUGGGGAGGAGAAAUCGUCUUCAGACAGAGACACAGAGCACAAACACAAUGAGGAGGAGCUCGCUGCAGCAGCUGUAGCGGUCAUAGCGGUAGCGGUAGCAUCAGCCUUGGCUAGCAUAGAACUGAGCCGACAGUUAGCUAACAAUGAGUCAGAGGGGGAGGAGUCUGCAGGAACAGAAAGAUCAGAGCAGGAGGUACUAACUGAUGCUGACCGGUCCCUGCAGCUGACUAGCAACGAGCACAGACACGUGUUAGCAUCGAGCACAGCUGAGGCGGGAAACACGCUGAAAGAGCAAGCUAACGAGGAGCAGUUAGCAUGUGACACUGAAGAGCAGCUAGCAGAACAUCUCCAUAGCAACCAGCAGGCUGUAGACACGUCUGCCUUCACACAGCUUGUCACAGAAGGAAAUCAAACCCGACCUGAAGGAGCAGACAGCAUGCUGAAGGCAGACCUGAAACCUUCAAGACGAGUUACAGACGAGGUCACAGCCGAGGUCACAGACGAGGUCACACACAAAGUCACAGAUGAGGUCACAGAAGAGGUCACAGACGAGGUCACAGACGAGGUCACAGACGAGGUCACAGCCGAGGUCACACACAAAGUCACAGACAAGGUCACAGAUGAGGUCACAGAGGAGGUCACAGCCGAGGUCACGGAAGAGGUCACGGACGAGGUCACGGACAAGGUCACUGCCGAGGUCACAGAAGAGGUCACAGACGAGGUCACAGAUGAGGUCACACACGAGGUCACACACAAGGUCACACACAAGGUCACAGAUGAGGUCACAGACGAGGUCGACACUCAGACGGAGAGCGAGCUCCUCUCUCCUGUUAGAGACACAGAACAACAUCCAGAGGGCAGCAGAGAGCAGCCUGUCUGUCUGAGCGAGGCAGGAGGUGAGACAGGUCUGCAGGUACAGGAAGGUGAGAGGAGAGAUGUGUCCCAGGUUAGAGAGAGCGAGGCUCCUCAGCUGGAUGAACAGGUUCAGGGUCCCUCUGACCCCCCCUGUGACUCUGCACCUGAAGCUGAUCCUCAUCAUGAGGAACCCCCUGUGGACGUGGAUCUGAGCGAGCAGCAGUUGUCCCGGUCUCUGUCAGACUUGACGCGGGCUCCUGUGGGCGGGGACGGUGAAGAUCGGGACGCCAACGCAGAUAUGGACACAGUGGACGGAUGGAAGGAGAGAGAGAGGGCAAAGAAGGAGAGAGGAGAGGAAGCGAGGAGAGACGAGGUGACAGAGGAGGACACAUCAGAGACAGAAACAGAAAGCUGUGAGCCGAGCAGCCAGGAGAAGGACAGCACACACAUCCAGCAGGUGAGUCUAAAACCACCUGGACCAGAGCUCUACACACACACAUCUCUACAUGCUCAGGAGUCCUCUCUGUGAUCAGCUGUUCUCACAUGAUGCUGACUCGUCUCUUUAAACAAACUCCUGCUGAGGAAACAGAACCUGUUCUAGUCUCCAUUCACACACACACACACACACCACAACCAGCCUGACUUUCAGGCACACGGGUCAGACCGGGUCAGGGUCUCCUGUGGAUCCAUAUAAAUCCUGCUCUGAUCUCUGUGGUGACGCAGUGGUGGGUCUGAAGGAGCAGCAGGUCACAGGAGGAGGCAUGGGAACCUUCAGACCUGAACCAGCAGGUCCUGUUUGAGUCCAUCUCCAUGAUGUCAGAGACGUAAACACACAGGAAGUGAUGUCACAGCCACAAGUUGUUUCACACACACACACACACACACACACACAGUGUAUAACGUUGAGCAGAGAUCACAGUGAGGAAACACAGUUUCAAAUAAUGACUCUUCUAUCCAUCAGUCUGAAACCCCAGUGCAUGCUGGGAGUGACCCAAACACAAAGACCUCAUUGAAGUCAGUCACAUGAUCAAGAAGUCAAGUCACAGCUCUGUGUUACUGACACUGAGUGGUGUGCAGGCCUGUCACUCUGGUUCAUAUCUUCACGGUUCAGUUUGAUAUAGAAAGCAUGCUCACAUAUUUCAUUGUGUUGUAGUUUGGAUGUUGAUCAGGGGGUAGCGAGCUCAGAGGGGUCAGACUUUAUUUGU